ACUGCCCAUCGCAUCAAAGGACCAAAGCUUGCAAGAAUCAUGGAAUCAAAGAAAGUGUACUCCCUUUUCUACCUGUUAUUGUUGACAAUCACUGCUCCCAUGCUCGCCGUUGCACGGUCAGAGGACAAACGUGAUGUGGACGACGAGAGGCGCCAAAUUGCGGUGGCUCCCCUUGCGGUGUACGCGGGUGUUGCGGUAUCGCCUUGGGUCUGGGCUGCCAUCUUGGCUGCCUAUGGAAUAGCUGAGCUCACCAAAUAUAACGUGUCCAAAACGUCGUCCGAUAGUCACUCAUGUGCCAACAAUCGGGGUUGGUGUCGUAGCAGCUGCUUUUCACACGAGUACAUUGACUCAUGGAACUCAGCAGUGUGUGGAAACUACGAUUGCUGCAGACCCUUAUAAACUAUAAUGACCACCAUUUUAUAGCGUGAUAGUCAUGUAAUUAAUUGAUAUUUCAAUGGAUUUCAAAUUUUGUUAUAUUGGUUUGUGAUUUUACUUAAUUAAUGUAUCUGUAUAUGAAAUGAAUAAAAUAAAUGU